AUGCCCCUGCGGCACCGCAAACUCGUCGACAGCUUGCAAUGUCUCCGCCGGCACUACGUACUCUGUGUCGUCCGUCGUAUUGUAGGCAGGAGCAGGCCGUAUCACUGGCACACUGCUGCCUCCUCCACCAUCCACAACAACCUCUGCCUCAGCAGGUGCUGGCGCCGGCGCUGACGAUGAUGAGCUUUGGUCGCCAGCUGCGGGGUCAUCGUUGUUGUUGCUGGGGGGGGAUGGUGUGUUGCUCAUGAGGACGGCUGGUACUGGUGCGCACCACCAGCUGUACGCUGUACCGAUUGAGUAAGGUACGCCGGUACACUGCUGUGCUGCUCGUCUGCUGGUGCUGUGCGUGUGUAUGGCGGUAUCGGGUGAAUGUCAUGCCUAUCUUCCCGAUUAGCCCGACACCGGUACGCUCGGUACCGGUAUUUUCGGUGAGGUAUUUACAUCGUACCGAACGUACCGAACACUUCGGUAAGGUAUUGAAGUCCGUACCGAACGUACCGAUAUUUUCGGUAAGGUAUUGAAAUCCGUACCGAACGUACCGAGCAUCCCGGUAUGGUAUGACAGUUCAUACCGUUACCGUACCGAACAUCUCGGUAUUUGUACCGAACUUACCGAAAACUUCGGUAAGGUAUUGAAGUCCAUACCGAACGUACCGGUAUUUUCGGUAAGGUAUUGAAGUCCGUACCGAACGUACCGAACACUUCGGUAAGGUAUUGAAGUCCAUACCGAACGUACCGAACAUUCCGGUAUGGAAUGGCAGUCCAUACCGGUACCAUACCGACGAUACCGCUUUUUGUCAGGUGCUGGCGCCGGCGCUGACGAUGAUAAGCUUUGGUCGCCAGCUGCGGGGUCAUCGUUGUUGUUGCUGGGGGGGGAUGGUGUGUUGCUCAUGAGGACGGCUGGUACUGGUGCGCACCACCAGCUGUACGCUGUACCGAUUGAGUAGGGUACGCCGGUACACUGCUCCCGACACCGGUACGCUCGGUACCGGUAUUUUCGUCCGUACCGAACGUACCGGUACGUUCGGUGAGGUAUUCAAGUCCGUACCGAACGUACCGAGCAUCCCCGGUAUGGAAUGGCAGUCCAUACCGGUACCGUACCGAACAUGCCGGUAUUUGUAACGAACGUACCGAAAACUUCGGUAAGGUAUUCAAGUCCAUACGGAACGUACCGGUAUUUUCGGUAAGGUAUUGAAGUCCGUACCGAACGUACCGAACACUUCGG